GGCCCUUCCUGGCAGCCACGCCUGAGAAGGAGGGGGCCGACAGCCAGCCGGGGCCCGGGCUGUCCCUGGGGGAAGAUGCCCCGAGUGGGGAAAGGAUGGGGAAGAAGAGGCUGGAAAGGCUGCCCGUUUGGAUCGGAGGAGCCUCUCUCGCCAGGCACGGAGCGCAGCAGCGGCACUGGGGGGCUGCAGGAAGAAGCCGGAGAGGGGGGCAGCGGAGGGACCCAGGCGGCGUCCGGAGGGCGGGACUGUCCCACUGAGCUCAAGAAUGGGGGCGCGGGCGGAGCAUCUCAGCCGCACUUGGGCGCUCCCGGAGUGGAAGAGCUCGUGGCCGGCCGCGCUGCUAGCAGCAGCCUCCAUCCUGAGUCCUUGCUGCUUCCUCCUCGCUCAAGCCAAGAAAAGCAGCGGCGGCAGCAGCAGCAGCAGCAGCAUCAUCGCGAAGAUUCCUGUCUCCCAGAUACCGAGCUCCACCUCUCGUACCGGAUCCUGCUCCUAGAGCUCCAUCUCUCGUACCGGAAUCUGCUCCUAGAGCUCCAUCUCUCAUACCGGAAUCUGCUCCUAGAGCUCCACCUCUUGUACCUGCUCCUGCUCCUGGGACUCCUUCUCUCCUACUGGAUCCUAAUCCCACCACUCUGCCUCUUGCAUCAGAUCCUGCUCCCACCACUCUGCCUCUUGCAUCGGAUCCUGCUCCUACAGCUCCAUAUCCAGCACCAGAUACUGCUCCUUUAG